UUGGGUCCAAGCCCAACUGUCUGGCCCAAACCGAGGAAAGAAGAAUAAACUCAAACAUAAAUCUUUGUGAUUCCGCGAAAAUUGAGGGGGAGAAGAACUCCAGUGUGAUAAACUUGGGAUCUUUGAAGGGUAGAAAGCGUGCUCAGUACGAAUCGAAAAGGAUAGAGCGUUCUGGGCUGGGUUCUCUGCGUUUUCUCUCGAAGCAUUCGAAUUAUGGAGGGUCUGCAGAAGUUGAUUGGGAAAAUCCCAAAAGACCCCCAAAAAUUGGGCUCCGCUUCGGCUUCCUUCGACCCUCACCGUGGGACUGAAGGUCUCGCCGCCGCUCUGUCCUCCUCCGAUCAGUCUCGUAUUUUGCUCAACAGACCCGCCAGGCAGGUGGUUUCACUGUGGACAUGCUCAAAGCUUUGUACACUUUGCUUUGUUGCUGGAAUUGUUGUUGGUUAUACGCUGAAGCGACGCGUCCGAAGUUGGGCUUCCAAACUUCUCAAGAAGAUGAGAGAUGAUUGAUUGCAACUGGAUCGCAUUAUACUGAUCCAUUUAAUGCGUUGUUCUCCAUAGAAGAAUGAUUCUCCAACAAUAGUUGUUUUCUCUAGAGGGUGCAAUUUUGAUUAGCUUUCCGCGAUUAUACUAACACUGCUUCUGACGAUUCUGACCUGAUCAACAUAUAUUGUUACCCCUCGUUUUUUAUUAUGUUAAUGAUAAAUUUUACAAGCUAACCAUCAGCAGUGCCUCUGUUCCCGUACUUUGGAAUUGUUGCAUCUGCUGAUUUAAGUCGGAUGAAUUCUGAAUAUCAAGUCGGAAAGGUAUCUCUUUUGCUUGUAUUGUCUGCCAUGAAUACUUGUUCAUACUCUCCAGGCUAGGUUGUUGUCCUUUUCUUGUUUUUCCAUCGAAAUUUCAAUACAUUGGGUGCAUAUUCGCUUGAA